AUCACAGGUCCUCUCCUCACUAAAGAUAAGAACAAGAUCAACAUUAACUCAGAGUAAUAAAAUUGGAUAAGUAUAGUUUAAGUGAUUUUAUUAUUGUUUUGUGAUUUUUAUUAUUUGAUUUUGCUUUUGCUUUGGAAAAGUCAUUUAACAAAAUUUCCUGCAAUUAACUUUGGCCUUGUAACCUUGUUUUUGAAACAGUAAAGAAAAAAGCCUAAGUUUUAUUCUUUAAAUUCAAUUACAUUUUUUUUCCUUGGAGCCUGCUGUCCAUGCUACUAAAAUCAUCCCAGAGGUAACAGGAUCAAUGGGGCGCACUUCCAUCAACAGCUCCCAGAAACCUCUGACCUUUAAUCCUAGCCGCUGCGUUCACCUGUUUACUCCAUCAGUCAGCCUGUUGUUCAGGCUGACUGCAAUCAUCUUCCUCUUGGUCUUCAUAUCCCUGGUCUUCUUCUACUACAGCAUCUUCCCCAGGGUUUUGGAGGCACAGCAGAAGCAGCUGACCUCCUUUGGCUCUGAGAAGCUGGUGAAGUAUCGCAGGAACGUGUUGGUGCUGGUCAGCGUCUUCUGUGUUUGCUUUGUCCCAUUUUACCUGGUUCAUCUUCCCUUUACAUUUCUGUGGAGUGAUGACUCCGUAGGUCCAGUAUUGUUCUACCUGAAGGAGGUGGCCACCAUGGUGUCAGUUUUCAACAUCUGCCUGGACCCUGUUGUUUACUUUUUCCUCAGCAAUACUUUUGGGGAGAAGGUGAGAGCCAAACAUCCGACUACAAACGAGGAGAAUAAGAGCAGCAAGGACAAGCUGGACAUCAUUACAUUAGAACAAGUGACUCGAACCAGUUAGUUGUGAGAACAUUUACAUUUUAUGCACAGAUUUCAAUUCGUUUUGAGUGAGAUGAAGCAGUGUCAUGGACCGAUAUCCUCAGAAACCACAAGUCAGAUAUCAAAACAGAGCUAAAGACAACACAGAAACAUUUCCACAUAGAUGGUAUUGAAGAUGCCAUGAGUGUUUAUGUUUCUAGUUUUCAGGAAAAAGCCAAAUGAUGAUUUAGCAUGAAUGAAAUUAACCAGUCUGUGGUCAAAUUCAUACGUCAUGGUUCUGGCUCUUCGACUCAUAUGAGU